AUGAGCGAUAGUUCGGAGAACAAAGUGAUCAAUUUUGGUGCAGGACCGGGCAAACUGCCGGAAGAGGUGUUGCAACAUGUACAAGCAGAACUGCUUGAGUUUGGCGAUACAAAGGUUAGUAUCACGGAAUUAAGUCAUAGAUCAACCGAAUUCAAAAACAUUAUUGAUGAUGCACAAGCAACGUUAAGAGAAAUAUUACACGUGCCCAAUAAUUAUAAAAUUUUGUUCAUGCAAGGGGGCGGAGUAGGCCUCUUUGCCGCUGUUCCUUUAAACAUGAUGACGACUGGUACCGCAGACUACAUAGUAACUGGUUUAUGGUCAGCUAAAGCUGCGAAGGAAGCGGAGAAAUAUGGAAAAGUGAAUUUGGUUUUACCCAAAGCCACGAAAUACAUCGAAAUACCUGACCCGUCCUCUUGGAACUUGGACCCUAACGCAUCUUACGUUUACUACUGCGCUAAUGAAACGGUUCACGGUAUCGAGUUCAGUUACAUUCCUGAGACGAAUGGAGUGCCGUUGGUCGCCGACAUGUCGUCGAAUAUACUCACGAGAUCUUUAGAUAUUUCGAAAUUCGCAGUGAUAUUCGCCGGAGCUCAGAAAAACAUCGGCCCGGCCGGUGUUACUCUCGUGAUAGUAAGAGACGAUGUUCUCGGUCAUGCAAUGAAAGUCUGUCCGACAAUUUUCGAUUUUACUGUUCUGGCAGCUAAUAACUCCAUAUACAAUACGCCGCCAGUAUUUCAAAUAUACGUAGUUAGUUUAGUUUUCAAUUGGAUCAAGGAACGCGGUUGCGUUGAGAAAAUGGAAGAACUGGCGAUCAAAAAGAGUCAAAUCAUAUUCGAUGUCAUCAAUAAAUCGAAUGGAUUCUAUUCGUGUCCGGUUAAACCGGAAGCGAGGAGUAGGAUGAAUAUCCCCUUUAGAAUAGGUAAAGACGACGAGGAACUUGAGAAAGAAUUUCUUUCAGGCGCGAGUGCGCGCGGAAUGCUUCAAUUGAAAGGUCACAGGACGGUAGGUGGAAUCCGAGUGUCAGUGUAUAAUGCUAUUACUGUAAAAGAAGUAGAAAUAUUGGCAGAAUACAUGAAAUGGUUCUACCAACAACAUAAUAAAAAUUAAAAGAUUAUAUUUCGAAAGCGUUCUUCUACCAAAAUCGAUGUACAAAUUUGUGUAUGGUAUACGUUUUUCUCAAUGUCUUAUGAAGAGCUUUAUAUAUUUUAUACAAUCAUUCCAAUAAAACUGAUGUUUAUAAACAAAA